UCCUAUUUUUGUGGCAAUACAAGAAGCAUAGGUUAGGAAGAAGACCAGCUACAGCGACGGCUUUGUUUUCUCAAGUUAGUUGUCUAGAUGUAGCAGCGACUUAUCAUAAGACCAUGAGGCUUCACCUGCUGGGCCUUAUUGUUUGCUUGUUCACUUGGAAGGCCACGUGGAGUUUGGACCAGAUUGACAAAAGAACUGUGAUUUUGGUGUCAUUUGAUGGCUUCAGAUGGGACUAUCUGUUCAGGGGAUAUUCUCCUGCUCUGGAGCGCAUUGCUGCCAGCGGUGUGCGAGUGAAACAGCUGAAGAACUGCUUCCCAACGAAAACUUUUCCGAACCACUACAGCCUUGUGACUGGAUUGUAUCCAGAAAGCCAUGGCAUUGUGGCAAACUUCAUGUACGAUCCCAGGUUGAAAAAGCAUUUCACAAUCGGUAACACGGAUCCCGUGUGGUGGAAUGAGGCCGAGCCUGCCUGGGUGACACUUCGCCGCCGAGGAUAUGUGACUGCGACCGUGAACUGGCCUGGUUCAGACGUGGAAAUCAGAGGUGUGCGUCCUAACCAUCACAACCCGUUCAACAGCAGCAUACCAUUCAGGGAUCGUGUGGACAAAGCCAUAUCGUUGUUGCAGCUGACGGAAAAAGAACGGCCCAGCUUCAUUGCAUUGUACUUUGAGGAGCCUGACUUCACUGGGCACACAUAUGGACCCAAUGGCGAAGAGACCAUGCAGGCUGUCAAACGAGUGGAUGACAUUGCAGAGUAUCUUAUGAAGCGCCUGCAUGAAAUUGGCAUGUCGAAUAACGUAGACGUAAUCUUCACCAGUGAUCAUGGAAUGGCCGAGACGUCCGAUACGAGGGAAAUCUUCCUCAGCGACUACGUACGGAAUAGCAGUUAUGAGCUGGUUGACUACUCGCCCCUUGUUGCUUUGCUGCCACACGAAGGCAUGGAGAUGGAGCUGUACCGGCGCCUGCGCCACGCUCACCCGAACAUGACCGCCUAUCUCAAGCAGGACAUGCCAGAGCGGCUGCACUACCAGCAGAGCCGGCGUAUUCAGCCGCUGAUGCUGCUGGCCGACCCGGGCUGGUCGAUCUUUGCCAAACGAGCCGCGGCUGACCACGAUCGCGGUGCCCAUGGUUACGACAAUGAUUUCCCAGGUGUACGGCCCUACUUCAUUGCCACCGGGCCAGCGUUCCGCCGUGGCUUUAAGAUGCCGCUCAUGAAUAAUCUCGACAUAUACCCUCUGGUCUUUCACAUUCUCGGGGAAGAGCCACCUGCGUCGAAUGGCACCCUGGAAAGAGCUUCAAGACUGUUGAAGCGGCCGGCUGCUGCACCGGCAGGCAAUGCUGUUCAGCUACCUGCAAGUGCUGGUGUUGAUGCUAGCUCUCGCCAGCGCAUGGCAGCAGUAUUGCUCAGUCUUGGUGGUAUAGCGUUACUUGCUGGUACUAUGCUGUUGACCACUUUGUAAGUCAUGCUCGCUGGUCCGAAAACUUGAUGACAUUUGUGUUGUGUUGAGUUCGUCUAUUCUUUCAUGUCCUCCUCAGGUUUUUAUUCAUAGGAGCUGGUCCCCUACUUUGUACAAUAUACUGGUCUGUAUUUUCUAGCCUACUUGAUAUUCUAUUUAUAACUUCAAAACUAAACAUGAACUUUGAUCCAGUUUUGUUUGCAGGUGUCCUGCAGUUGGUCUUUGGCUUCCCCGUGUGUUGCCUAGCUGUUUCUGUGACAGCAGAUUAGAAUACCACUGCCGGUGGAUGCUUGAUGGCUAGCUACUGUAGCUGGUUGGCUGGUUGGUUGGCAGCCAAAAGGAAAACAAUCUCCACUUGUAGGGCUGCAGUUGUUGUGAGACACAGGCAAGUACAUGUUCUGCCCUAGGAGCCAUAUCAGAGCUAACUACGUACCUAUAAAGUAUAAACAAGUGCUGCUAAGCCUGCUAUUUCCAGCUGUCCCCUGAUCUCAUCCUGACAUCUCCCUGGCAAUAUUAAUUUUGCAGCUUCCGA